AUGGCUCGUGGCCCGCUCAGACGGUCUGUCAGCAUCACAGAUCUUCGCUUCACCUUACGACGAGUGUUCGGCAAAGAUUCAUUCCGCCCCCUUCAAGAAGAGGUCAUCACCGCUGUGCUUGCGGGGCACGAUGUAUUUCUCUGCGCUGCUACAUCGUUCGGAAAAUCUCUUUGUUACCAGCUACCAGCCGUGGUCUCAUUAGGCGUCACUGUGGUCAUCUCCCCUCUUCUGGCUUUGAUGACGAACCAGGUCCAAGCAGCUCGCCAUCUAGGCGUCGCGGUUGAAUGCAUCAAUGGCAAGACUGGCUAUCAAGAGAGGCAUCGAAUCGAGACUGACCUUCUGUGUGGUCAUCCUGCUACCAAGUUACUCUAUGUCACCCCAGAGCUUUGUGCUACGAACCACUUCCGCGAACUCAUCAUGAAAAUCCACCGGCAAGGUCAACUUGUACGCAUCGCUAUCGACGAAGCGCACUGCAUAAGUGAAUGGGGUCACGAUUUCCGCCCAGCUUACAAGGAGUUGAUAUGGCUCAAGACGUCUCUCAAUUGUCCGUCCGUACCGGUCAUGGCGGUCACCGCUACGGCUACGCCACAAGUUCGCGAGGAUAUUUUCAAGUUUCUCGGGCUUGUUACUACCAAGACCAAAUCCUUCUCUACCUCGACAGCACGUCCAAAUAUACACUACGAAAUACAAUAUUUCUCCGAGUCAAACCCAGAAAAUGGCCAGGAUGAUGUCUUCCCGUAUCUCAUGUCCAGACUCGACUUCAUGCACCAAAGACGAGUGCUGCGACUCAGACACCUUCGACAGCAAGACCCAGGGGCGGCGAUAGCGCCUAUUACGGGCAUUGUCUACGUCUCCUAUCGAGCUUCCGCAGAUAGUUUGGCCACGAAACUGACGGAGGCUGGUGUUCGAGCUCAAUCAUAUCAUGCCGGACUGGAGGACGCUCAACGACUGAAGGUCCAGACUUCGUUUCUCAGAUACGCGACCGCAGACCCUCGUCUGAUACAAUCGGCCGACGGACAUAGCCUUAUGUCGUCGUUCAACAUCAUGUGCGCGACCACAGCGUUCGGUAUGGGCAUCGACAUACCCACCAUCCGGUUUGUCAUCCACUACGGUCUACCACGAGGCAUGGAAUCCUUCGCACAAGAAUCAGGACGCGCGGGACGAGAUAACAAAUCAGCUUCGAGUAUCAUAUUGUACACACGUGAAGAGAAAGAACGCAGUGAGUUUCGAGUAAAGAGUGAUGCGAACAGAGAGAAGAGCAGGCCCAAGGCUGAGUCGAGGCUGGUGUCGUUGAAGAGCAUCAUUGGCUUUUGCGAGAACACCGAUACGUGCCGCCAUGACUUGGUGUCGAGCUAUUUCGGAGACGAUGCCGGGUCAGCAGAGUGCUACUAUGCAUGCGAUGUGUGCAAGGAAGGCCCGGCCAAGCUGAAGAAGCGCAAGGAAAAAGGCCUGGCGGCCGAGAAUGAGGCCUUCGCCUUUACCCAGAGAGAGCCGAUGAGAGAUUAUGACUAUGACUGAUGACACGCCAUGCUCAUGACAUGGCAUUUGAUACCCAGGGAUACAGAGAAGGGGAAAAUAGAAAGUGAAGGAGCG